UUCUGACUGCUGGGUUUGGUUCUGAUUGCUGGACUUGGUUCUGACUGCUGGGCUCAGUUCUGACUGCUGGGUUUGGUUCUGACUGCUGGGUUUGGUUCUGAUUGCUGGGUUUGGUUCUGACUGCUAGGUUUGGUUCUGACUGCUGGGUUUGGUUCUGAUUGCUGGGCUUGGUUCUGACUGCUAGGCUUGGUUCUGACUGCUAGGUUUGGUUCUGACUGCUGGGUUUGGUUCUGACUGCUUCCCUGCCCUCCUGGCUGUCAUGGCCGACAUCAUCCUGUGUGAGCCUAUUGAACUCUUCAACCUCCUCAACCAGCGGCGCCGUGUGCCGAGGCUGGCGGAGAUCAACUACCUCUGUCUGGUUGAUGCCCAGGAAAUCCAGGACUACUACACAGGUCAUAUCAUAACAGCCAGGAAUGUGAGAAUGGAGGCAGACGGGUCGUGCUACUUGCCAGAUGCGGUGGAGGUUGGCAGCAUGCGGCACAUUGUGGUCUAUGACAGCGUCACGAGCUGUUUGCAGGAAGAAGGAAGGGCAGCCGACUGCGCCCAGUCGCUCGCAAAAUCCAGCUUCUGUCCAGUUCAAAUACUGAAAGGAGGCUACAGGAGGUUCUCUGCUCUGUACCCGUUUUUACGGACGGAGAAGAUCCAAUACACCAUCACGGAGCUUGAAAACCUGAAGAUGUAUCCAGUGGAGAUUAUAGUGGGACUGCUGUAUAUGGGAGACCAGAAUCAAAGUCAGGACGCAAACACCCUGAAGGACCUGAAAAUCAGCGCCACAGUCAGCAUCUCACAUUUCACUCAGAGUGACUCUGUAGAAUCUGGGACGCAGACGAUCCUUAACAUCCCAGUGGCUGACGAGGUGGAGUCGGAUUUAUAUUCAAACUUCCAAACCAUAUGUGGCUUUAUUAGUUCUCACACAAAUGUCGGAUCUCGUGUCCUGAUAGUUUCCAGGCAGGGCAGAAGCCGCUGCAGCGCUGUGGCCAUCGCCUUCCUCAUGCACCACUACAAAUACACACUGGAGGAGGCCUGGUGGCAAAUGAUGAAAUGUAAACCCACCAUGAGGCCCAACACAGGGUUUCUACAGCAGCUGUCUGACUGGGAGCUUCACACCUUGGGAAGGAAACACACAGACUUAUCAAAAGCUCCAUUUUAACAAAAGAUGCAACAUGCUGCAGUCAGUCUGUCGUGUAUAUUUCAUGUUUGCCAAUUUCUUGGACAUUUGCUUUAAAAAAGGCUGUGUGCUAAAUUUCCCUAAUAAACCCCUGGAUGAGGAAGUAUGCGUCACCUAAGGUGUAAUAAUUACAUCGUUUUGUACACACACCAACCCAGCUAGUUCAUCAUUAUUUAAAAAAAUAAUUACCAUGUAAAAUGUUUUGCAUGCCUUCUAAAUAAAAAUUUCUGUCAGAAU